AUGCUUGUUCAUUUAGAAAAUGUGUGUAAAAAGACUCCAGAAACCUAUCAAACAUCAGGACCUGUGAUGUUUAAAGCACUCCUGAUAAUGGGGACAUUGCAAGGAUUUUUCAUUUUCUUGGGUGCUUGUGUUGUCUACGCUGGGCGACUUCACGGAUUCCCGGGGGAGAAACCCGGACGAUGCCCUCGGGAUGACCGUAUAACAACAUGUGAUUGUCCGAUUGGUCAGACCCAAUGUACACGUGACAGUGAUUGUUCAUAUGAUUUAAAAUGCUGCUCUUUUGGUUGUGGCUGUAGAACUUCUUGUGUAAAACCAGUGUACGGACCCGGACCAAACUCAGGUGGCUGUUUUUAUAAUGGUCGGUAUUAUUCCGUCGGAGAAAGCUUCCCUGCUACUGAUGGCUGUAAUACAUGUUUCUGCUCAGAUAAUGGACAAGUUGGAUGCACAUUGAUCGGUUGCCAUUGA